CCACCUAUAGCGUAACGACAACGACGGCGACGUCGUCGUCUCGGCCACGACGAGCGAUCGUAGUAACCGCCAGCUGCGGUCGUGCCGCGCGUUUGCCAAGGGUUUCCGUGUCAGUUCGAAACAAGACGCGCUGUCGUGCGGACGUGUAUCUCAGCGGUUGGUUCCUUUCCGCCGUUGCUGCUGCUGCUGCUGCCGUGUGCUGUUGGUGUUGUUGUGAGUGCUCGAGUGCAACGACAAAAACGCCUACACUAACCAGUGCAUUCGAACCGUUUGGGGCACCAGGGAACCACCGGAGCACUCAAACGAGACGAAACGGUGGGCAAAAAUGAGCAACAUUACGAGAAGUGCUUAAUGAAGCGUGCAUUAACAGCAUCGAGGGCUCAAAGUGGCAGAACCAUAGCACAACCUACCUACCGGAAAGAAACUCAAUUUCAGCCUGUGUGUUCGUAGUUGUAAUAGUGAGAAUGGUGCAGGUACCACGGUUUCAAGUAGUGUUGCCUUCGCUUUUGAUGUGCCGCGUCGAGCUUCAUCCGAGCGGUGGUGAAAUUCUGAUCAUGUAGAACGACAGCUGUGCCGAGAGAAAAUGAAUUUCUUCGGGGAAGGCGUACCAGUACGGAAAAGACAUCAACCAUAAUCGACACAUUAGGGAGCGUAUGUCCGCAGUGAAAGUUGAGAAGGUAAAGUGUAGCAAAAGAAAAACAAUACCGUCAGCAAAAUAGCACAAACAACGUUGACAAAACGACCACCAGAAAACCAAUAGGCCGUGGUGGUGCUAGUGUGGCCAAUGUUGGUUUUUAUUCAAUCGAACGGACUGGUACAGGAGCAGAGCAGCACCAGCCUCUUUCAGCUGGUUUAACGUAGAAACGUAGAACAACCGCAACCGGAAGUUUUCGCCUGGCAAGUGUAAGCGCAUGUACUACUUUGAGUUGGAACACAGUUGGCCAUUGGAAACCACCAGUCGUUCGCCAUGCUCCGUCGGGGCCAGGAAUGUACGUAAUAUUUCCGGCGGAUGAACUCAUAUUGUUGACAUACGGAAUUGCCGUACCGAGAGUACCGCCCAGACCAACUCUGGACAACCUGAGGGAGCCGCUUGUGCCCACAGGCAGUAGGCCUUCAUCCACCACCACCACCACCACCACUUCCAAAAACACCACCACCGUCACCACCUCUUCCACAUCCAACACCACCUCCUCCAAGCACCCAUCCAAGUCAUCCAAAAGCACUGCCACCAAAGCGAACACACCCGCCAACACAAAAAAGGCCAACGAUUCGUCGAAAACAGGCCCCAGCACUGCUGCCACCGCUGCUACCACCACGACUGCUACCACGUCUGCCGCCAGCAACCGACGCCAGGAGUCAGGCGAGUCGUACGAGUUGGACGGCCCGUGCGGUACCACCGCCCUAGCAGACGCCAGCGAGCUGGCCACCUUCGCCGACGAUGCAGGCCCUCGUAACGGCAUCCCCGCAGCGGCGGCCGCUGGCCCCCUAGGGGCCGGGAGAGGAGGUGCUGCCGCCACCGCCGCAUCGCCCCGGGGAGGCCCCGGCAAGGAGCCAGCGGCGGCGGGGGCCCCAAAGUCCAAAUCGAAGCUGCAGCUCAAGCUGGGCCGGCUGCGACCACAUUCCUCGAUCGAGCAGAGCGAGACGGCCUCGCGCGUCCGCGAGGACCUGCACAUACACGUGUCGAAUCCGGUCUUUACGCGCGACAAUCUGCGCCAGCGCAACUUCGAUGCCUUCUUCGAGUCGGGCGAGCAGGUGUACUCGCUCGAGGUGCGCGAGAAGCCCACGCCCCGGUCGCUCGAUGCGCUCGGCUCGAGCGGCUCCGAUCCGGGGCUGGCCGAGGCCGACGGCGGGCUGCGGGCAGCGGCCGCCGGCGGGUACGACCAGCGCCCCAGCUCGCUAGGGUUCUUCCGGAAGCCCAAGUCGCCGCUUAGCAUACGUUCCAAGAGUGCAGAGCAUGAGUUCGCCGACGCUGAGACGUCCCAGAAAGAAUCAUCAAAAAGCCAUCGACAUAACAUAUUUAGCAAGCGUGGAGCGACGCCGAGUGCGGGCCCCGCGUUUCAGUCACUCGGAGGAAGCAUGUCCACCUCCGGGGGCGGAGGAGUGCUCAAGGAUCUGGGCCACCCGGGCCUGAAUGAAGCGCUCAAGUCACACAACGGUGUAACGUUUAAGCUAGUCAAAACAGUUUCGGAUUUCAGCGAGACCUUGGCGCAACUUUACGAGCAGCAUGCCGAGGCACUGCAAGUGUUGGUUUCGAACUACCGCAAACGGAACAGCGAACUGCGAAAGGAACGACCGGCCUGUCAGUCGAACCUGUUUGCGGCCUGGGAAACGCUGCUGCAGGAAAUCGAAGCGGACUCGCAGGCAACAAUCGACGUGGCCAGCACGCUCUCCAGACAGGUCGCUCGUCCACUGCUGGAACGCUCGUUCUAUCGCAAGGUCCAGAGCAGGAAAGUAUUUACACACCGGGAAUCGUUCGAUACAAUCAUUUCCAAGACUGAAGAGAAACUAUCCAAGUGCCGAAUCGAAUACAAACAAUGCUACAUCGCUCACCGUCAAAGCCCAACGCAGCACACGCUGACGCAGUACAUCGACUCGCACAAUGCGUACGUGCAGCAGCUGCAUGCGACCAAUGCGAUGCUCGAGGCGUACCACUGCGAAACGUUGCCCCAGUUGAUGCAGGAGCUCGAGGAGAUCUACAACGACCUGUGCAAUAUCGUGUCGGAAGCUGUGCUGCAGGGUGCCGAAGCCAUCGCCGCCAAGGCAGCCGAACAGGCGAAGCGCUACGAUGGGCUGGCAGUGCAGUGCAAGAACGUUUCGCCGGCACUCGAUCUUGGAUACUUCGUUCGCACGCUUCCAGUGCCGCAGAACAACCAGCGAAUUCCACGAAAGGCAUUUGCACCACCGCAGUCAGCAAAUGCGCCCACCGACGCUGGAGCUGACGAUUAUCCGGACUAUGGCGGGGAUCCCAUGCUGCCGGUGUUCAAGGAUGAGCUCGUCGUCGACCGCGGUGCAACGAUCCAGGUGCGGCCCUCGCUGGAAGCGCUGAGACGAGAGUCGCAGGAAUUAGAAAUUCAAAUCAAACAACUACAGGAUUCUGUAGACGCUUUAGUUCGUACACAGAUCAGAGGCAUCGAGGGCCAGCUGUACAGUAAGGCGAACGAGAUCCAGGAGGAUAUCUCGAUGAAAAAAUUCGACGUACGGGCCAAACAGAUCCAUCUUGCAGCGGUCCGCGCCCAGAAAGAAUUAUUUUUGGGUAGAAUAGAUCCUGGUUCACCUCGCGGUGAACGUAAAAUGUCUUCUUCUAGUUCUUCCUCAAUGAAGACUAAGUGGCUAAAAGCGUUCCGUAGCCUGAAACCGGCAGGUUCGGCGAACGAUAGUACCAAAACCAAUCAAAUGUACCAUGCAGUGUCUACGGUGUUGACUAUGAGGAAGAGCGGUAAUGGAGCACAAAUCCGCUUCGAUGGCACCGAUAAUCACAAUCUACAGGAGUACACCUACAAAAAGAUCACACCGUGCGACGUUUGCUCGCAAGUGCUACGAGGACACACCCGCCAGGGCCUACGGUGCCGUAUAUGCAAGGUGAACGUGCACGCCGACUGUGCUUCGCAGCUGCCAAAGUGUCAGGUAAAGCAGAAGCUGCUCCGCCGCCAGAAGAGCACCUCGGAAAUCGAGAACCGUGCCACCGAGGUCGAGGAAGAAAAACCAACCGAUGUCGAUCAGAUAUAUCAGGUCCUUAAGCAGGCGGGCGAAAUUUCCAGCGGCAAAAUUGUUGUCGAUCCGUCAAAGGGCCCAGGACCGAUCGGGUCGGUUGCAGCCGCCGCAGCUGCCGCCGCCGCCGCCGCCGGACACAACCAAACCGUCUCGAACCCUCCGCUAGACAUUCCCGUAGUGAAAGUGCCUGAGUAUCCGGACCGAGCGCCAUGGCGGGGACCAGUCAAAUCUCAGGGGCCAAAUUAUCCACACCAGAAACAGGGACUGACUGCACCCGUUGCAACGGACAUGUCAUGCUCAGAUAUGCGCGUACCCACGAACCCAAACACGCACCAGGCGGCGGCCAUCGAUUCCGGUGCCAGGCGUCGACUGUUUGCAGGCUUCCGACCCAUGUCCGGCUUCGGCAUAUUGCGGCUACGAUCGGCACAGCAUCGAUCGAUCUCGCUACCUGAAACACCGCAUUCACCUCGACGCCAAAAGCUGAACCUUAGAAUGAAAUCACUCAGCUUGGACUCACCAGAAUCGUCCGAAUUGCAUGGGCAAAUACGACGGCGACUUCCGGGACCGACUGGUCACGGUGGCCACGGCGGUUCUGGGGGUCACUUAGAACACAGCACGCCGCCAUCUAACAAUAGUAGGUUACACUCACCGUCGAGCCCAUCGGGUACGCAGAGAAAAUUCCUGUACGCUACGCGUGGCAUGAAGACCGGUUCCGUCGAUCUGCCGGACGAGAUCGAAAAAAGCCUUUCUUCGGCCAGCACCUCUCCCUGCCCGUCGCCGGUUCGUCAAAAUCAGAAAUCUCAUCGUCUCCUACCAACAAACCUCUACGUUGUUUUGUACAACUUCAAGUCUCGGCAUCAGGAUGAAUUGGAUCUGAAAGCAGGAUACAAGGUCACUGUGAUCGAUACAUCUGAUCCGGAUUGGUGGAAAGGAAAGUGUCUCGGGAAGGUAGGCUACUUCCCUUCGAAAUACUGCGCCAAGCUGGCUGCAUCGGAGAAGCCGCUGCAAGUAACACACAACCUACAGGUGACGGAUAACGAACGGGGAGACGGUACGCUAACAUUGCUGCGUGAUCAGAUCGUUAUUCAGGUCGGUGAUGAAGUGAACGGCAUGGUUAUGGUCCGUUCGGCUGACAACCGCCAGGGUGUCUGUCCGGUCAAGUACUUGCAGGAGGUCUGACAACCGGAAGAGGAAAAACUCGACCGGGAUCGUGAUAAAGAUUAUCGACAGCAUACAGGAACUACCGGCAAGAGCACGGGGACAAGCACGACUGCAAAAUCAAGCCGAAAAGAAGCAGCAGCUGCUGCUGCUGCAAGUGGGCAACGGCAUGAGAGCCGAGAGCCAAAGGACCAAUGUCACGCCAGUGGCCAUCACUAUCACCGCGAGAGUCGCAACAACUUCCACAAAUCGUACGAUCGCAGCUGGGAGAAGUGGGAAAAGUUCCGGGAGAAAAAGAUGGAAAUGAUGAAGGCCCACAAGUACAACGUGGAGCACCGGCUAAAGUACGACAACCAGGAGCGCAUUUUGUACCGACAUCACUUCAACUAUUAUCCAGUGAAGCGGCCACGGCCUCGGAAAACUUCAUUAGAGCCGAAUUGGUAUACGGAGAACAUCUAUUCGAAUCAAUCGAUCGACAAUUCGGACGGCGAGUUGGGCGUCGGGUUUGGACGGGGUGGGCCACACGGGUUGGGCGGCACUGGUGGGGGACGCGACAUCAACGGUAACAUGAGCAUGGCCGGGCUGGAGGAUGACGGUAUCUUCACCAUCGACGGUCACUUCGAGCGUCGGCACAACUAUCCUAAAUCGAACAGUUGCUGCUUCGGCGUGAACCGAAUGCGGGACAUCGACGAGCUGGGCGACGGGCAGGAGCGCGAGGGGUGGACUGAGCGGUGUCCCAAAAUCCCAAAGUCAUAUUCGUUCAGCACGUCGCGCAGCAUGGGCGUAGGUUUUAACAUGGCAAAGCUGUACAAUCGUAACAGCUUCGAGAUGCCGGAAUUUCCGAGCCACCGUCGGCGCAAUGGGGAAGGUGAGCGGGCGGUGGUACGGAUGUGUGAUCGGGAGGGUUGCUUUAACGAGACGUGCUUCAGCAAGGAUGAGAAAAACUUUUACAACAACAAUAAUCUACACAACAAUAACGUUAACAAUAACAGCAUUCAUAGCGCGAACAAUAACACUUACCGUCAUAACAACAGUAACAUCAUCAGCGAGUGGAACCUGCGCAAUCGGAACAAUCUGCGGGCCGGAGCAGGAGAAGGCGGCGAUGCUAUUGCACUACGGCCGCAGUACGUUAUGGAGGAGGACUUUGAUCUGUUCGACGAUGACGACGAGGAUGGCGAGAACGAGGAGGACGAAGAUGAGCGUGAUCGGGAUGAGCACGAGGAAAUAGAGAGCGAUCUUAACACGCUGUAUGCUGAGGAUCGUCACUCCAUCGCAUGCGGUGACUACGGUGGAGUGGCACGCGAACUGUACGGUCACCCAUCGCGCAUCGGACCAGGCCACGUAGCCGAUCUGUACAGAGAUCGGCAGCGGUCGAAGCAACUGCUCCACGGUGGACUGGAUCGCGCGUGCAAAUUCGCCGACGUUGAGUAUACCGACAACUAUCGACGAUCAUUUGAAGAUUUUUUCAACCAAAACUGCUGCAUCGAGCGUAACCAUCGGCAGCUGCAAGACAGUGGACGGUUUCUUCUCAAGGCACCUACCACUCCAGCGAAAAACAAAAGCAUGCUCGAGGUAAAACCACCCAACCGGUUCGAUGACACCUCCUCGGACUCGACCGACUUGGAGCUGGAGGAUUUCAACUUCGAUUUUGAGAAGUACUGGGAAGAGCUGGAAAAACCGUCACCAACCUCCCCGAGCGAGCUGGAAGAGCGCAAAACGGCGGGUCGUAGUGCGAUGGCUGGAGCAGGAUCGGCUACCGCACCUUCCAAGAAGGUUAAGAAUGUUAACCUGAGCCGAUGCUAUAACAACGGCACAGUUAUCGACAUCUAUCACGACGACGAUCCGUAUCAUCGUGACCAUUACCACUACCGAGAGGGAGGUAUCGGUAAGUCGAACAAUCACAGCCAUAGUCAUCGCCAUCGGACCAACCAGCCAGGCAGAAGUAAGCUGUCGAAACACAAAGUCUAUCCGGCAGAUCGUGACAAGCGGCUGUACGGAGAGCUGGUGGCAGAUGCCGGCCAUCAUCAUCAGGAGAAGAGAUCAACGACAGCGGCACCGCACGAAUCGACCAGUGCCAAGACGCUCGACCCAGCGGGGAAUACGAUCAGCGGCAACAGUAACGCGAUCAGCUUCCUGAACAACAUCUUUUCCAUCUACAAACCGAACAAGUACUCGCCGCUGAACUGUCACGUCGAGCAGAACUAUCUGAAAAACAUUCCCGCCAAAAAGAUGAACAUUGUGGCAAGUUCGGCCGCCCGGCCGCUCGGUGCCGGCACGGAUCGACAUCCGGCUGCGACCGGUAGCGAUCCGUCCUCGACCAAGCGCCCGCUAACGGUGCAUCCCACCAAACCGUCCGUUGCGUCGAUCGCUACCGCAGCGCGACGCAAUGCCGCCCGGCCCGAGUCCACCAAGGACCCGCAGGCACGGUUCCAGAUCAUACCGGAGAAAACGGGCGUCAAAAUAUCGCCUCUCUACCGGCUCGACGCGCAGGACUAUCGGCGGGCGCGCUAUAAAUUGAAGAGCACUUCACGCCCCCUGUCAUUCUGGUGAAAGUUGCUCGACUGUUCGUACUAUUCGGAUGGCCGGCUGGACGGGUUGCCAGUAGUGAAGAAGACGCGGCGACACACCAAAUAUCUCAAGUACUGAAUUCACACACACACACUCACACAGACACCUCACAUACCUGUCACAGAUCACAUCAGAUCACCAAGCACCACACACUCACACCGUUUGCAUCGAACAUCUGUUGCUCUUCCCAAAGUCGUCACCAGCAAACAACUACAGAUUCCUCUAGAUUCCCGCAGACAGUCCACCAUCGAAUGAAACGCCUAUUAUUGAAUGACGCCUUUUGCAGAAGAUGUGGGGAUUGGUUAACGGCCAGUAAGAUUCGAUGGGUGAUGAUUCCCACCCACACCCCUCGUACCCGAAUAUACCAAUUCCGCGUACAACCCCCAAAACCCAAACCAAAGCAUAGCCGAAAGCGAUUGCCAUUUUAAUGACCGUACCGAUCCUGCAUCACGUCGCACACAAGUCGCAUCCGCAUCAUAUUGUUGUCUCAUCAUCAUUCGGUGUCUUUCGAUGUUCUUUGUAUCAGUGUACCAUUAUGUCAGUGUCCUUUAACGCCGAGGAAAUCGAGGAUGUAACCACCCUCCUCUAUUCCUAAUCACAAACAAGUCUCACUCAUCUGUUUCAUCAGUGUAAACUCUGCCACUACUCGCAAAACAAACAUACAAAAUCGAUUUUGAUACAUUUUUCUCCCGCUGUGAGGGAGUGAGUUUUUAUAUGAGGUAAAACAAAAGGAAGAAGAGCAAGAAGAAAAAAGAAAACCAAUUCGACACGACCGCAUCCGCAGACCAAAACAAGCGAAAUCAUUACAGGCAGACUGGCACUAAUGGAGGUAGCAAACACAUCCUUUAAGGCAAUGUUUGAUAGGAACCAAUCCCUGGUCCUGGACACAAGCGCACCCACAUCUUUGAUAUUGACAUUUGCACCGCAAGGCUAGUUUGGAGAACCUGUUUUUUGGGGGCAGUUUUUGUCGAAAGAAGCCUAGGAACAAGAAAGGGAUUGUCUAGUAUCCAACUGGAGUACAAUACAGUUCACCCUUGUGUGUUUUUGGCAUUCGAGUCCCCGAUUGGUUGUACGAUGGUAUAAUUUUCCUGUUACUGUUAGGUAGACUUUCAAAGGUAAACGAACAGAGUAACAUUUCGCAAAACAAAAAACAAUAAUACAAAAACGAACAUACUACUUGCUUAACGGAUCUGUAUCUGCGAUCACAAUGUUGUACCAUGUCUAACCAGACCGAUUUUAACAUUUGAAGCAUAGAAUUUUGCAAAAACCAAACACAUCAAAGGGCGCAAGCCAGCAAUGUAAUAUCUAAUAUCCAUCGUUACCUGUACAUACCCACCCGUGUUACGUUACGCUCAUUAGGAAAUUUUAAAUAUCUCAAAACCGGAACGAAAUGGUUGAGCCUUUUUUCCGUGCUACUAGAAUCUUUCCAAAAAUAUCAACUACUAAUCAACCCGGCAUCUGCUGCGUCACACAAGUCAUUGGUGUUGGUGUACAAUGGCAAGAUGGGCAUACAUUGUGUACAUUAAUACAUACAGAGUCUUCAUAGUCCAUUGCGAACAGACACACUCAGUUGCAAUAGUACAUACUGGGUACACAAGCAGACAUUCAUACAUUAAGUCAUUUUUGCGCACAUUUUGACGCCCUACUGUAGAGAAGAUUAAUCCUCUUAUAGUCUAGCCCUAUAAUAGUCUCUGUAGCUAGUACAAGUCGACACCUUCCUAACUUUCCUCUAGGUUUCAGAUAGUUCCGGAUUUAGCUUAGCUUUCAUUCAAUCUAGCCUUAGUUUGCCGAACUUCUGGGGUAGUUUCAAAGGUUGAAUUUAAUACACUCUUAGCGAAAGCUCCUUUUCCCCCCUCCCUUAGGCUGCACAGUAGACGGUGAAACUGUGAAAUGGCUUUCGAGCGUUGCAAUGCCUCCUGCUCCCACUACCACGUGUAGAAAUAAAACGGACUAUCCUUCGCCACCAACGCUUUGAAAUGCGUUUGGGCAGGGGAACAGAGAAACCCCCUUUGUGAUAAUGUUCCGAAUAGAGCCCAUAUACAGACACACACACCUCCGAGCCGUGCAAGUCGUGCUCUCCGUGCUCCCCCCUUCCCCAUUUCGCCAAACCAACGACCACUUCCACUAUAUACUGGAACGAUAGAAUGGCAUUUAUCAGCGGCCAGUGCAAGAUUUGCCCGAAUACUACGAACGCGGUAAGAAAUGUAGAAGAAUUUUCUAUACCACUAUCAUGUGCACUGGUAGCUAAUCUCAAAAAAGACUCCAACUUCUGAGCCACAGGCUCAAUUGGCAGUUCCCACAAUUUAGGCGCUCUUGAGUGAAGCUACUGUGCAUAUGCUAGUAGUAAGGAAAGUUCACUAAUACAAUAGUGCAUUAGAAAUGGUAUUCUUGGUUCAGCAACUUAUUCAAUCGUGUUAUCAAAUACUAGUAUUUCCGAUGUUGGUAUUGAUAAAGCGGGAACUAUUCACCUGUCAGUAUCCGUCGAUGGAUGUCUUAAGGGGAUGUACACAUAAAUGUUACGAUCAUUUCAAGCUGCUGUUAUUUUACAAAUGACUUCCAUGUCUGUCGUUUUUACUGUGAAAUUUUCAAGGAGUGUCGAGUUAUGAGCGAAAGAGUUACCUCAAUUGCUUCAUUCACCUGAUUUAGUGCGUUGUGUACUCUUGAUCGAUUAGCAUUGAGUGUGUCUCUGAAGUGUGCAAAUUUUGAUGACUGUAGAUUAAUGAACCAUUUAAAUUUAUUUUAUUUUAUGUCAAAUGGAUUCAUUCAAUCAAAUCACAUAUUUUUAUCUAAAAAAAAUCAGAAAAAACAUAAUUAAAAACUUGUUAUGAUGAUUAAUUUAAAUAUUUAGUUUUUCCAAAUUCCAUUGAAUGUGUCAUGAUUUUAACAUUAUCAUGAUGUUCGCAUCACUCACCUGCUCGCGCUCAUUUCGCUCGACCAAAAAAGGUACAAAGUCCCAAUGAGAAGUCUAAACUAAUUUGCAAAAGCAAAUAGCAGCUAUCUGUUGUUGUACAUUUUGAGUUACGAUUUUUUUUCACACAAAACAGUGAAUCUUGUUUUGUUAUAGACUGUCAAUAGUAAGCAGCCUGCUUACUUGCUGACCAAACAGUAGCUUACAUCAGUACAGUACAGCAUUAACAAAAGGAGCUUUCGAGCGUUUCUAACAUAACUCACUAGAUUUAGUAGUAACAGCUUUAGCAAACUAAAAGUACGAUACAUAGAACAAACUACAUAGAUACACCACAGAAUCGUAGUGAAGUGCUGUAGCCAGAAGCGCUGAAGAAGCGUUUGCAAUGCCGUGCAACAUUGCCACCUAGCGUUAUCCUUACUAGAGCUUCUACUAUUGUUUCAGCUGGUAGUGUAGCUGCCAGAGAGCUUCUAUUACACCGUUCACUAAAACGUAUAUUGCUGGUUGGUAGUAUUUUUAACCUCCUGCUGCACCCUACGGUAACGUUAUUUGGGUGCGUUCACACCCCAGUAUUUUUCCUUAACUUGUAGCUAACCUUUCGUUAACUUAGCUAAAUGUGUAUGACGGUUAAAUUAGAACGAAUGGUUUUGGAUCUUCCGCCUACCAUGGUGUCAGUGGUGAUAAGCGUACGCAGCUCAACCACAGGUUUGUUUGAUUUACUAGCGAAUGAACGUUAUGCCGCAUUUCUUUCUUAUGGUGCAUCGCUGUAGGCGAACCGAUUGUUGUUCCACCUGUUCCAGGUGUACAACUUACGGAACGCUUUUCACAGUCGAUCGAUGUAGACGGAACCCUUACUUAUCCGGUACCGAUCGUUAGGAGUAGAAGUGUCACCUCUGUUUAUCCAUUUUUUCCUCUCUUCAUCCCCCUCAGAUCAGAUAGCAUUUUAUUGGGAACCAUUUCGUCAUGGUAGAAGAAAGAAGCGUCAUGAAUAAAAAAAACUCGCAUAUGAACGGUUUGCAGAUCAUUUGCAUCGUUUCCAGCGUAACAUACCACAACACACAGUACCAGAGCUUACAGUAACCGUUUGUAUCCCAUACUGGGGAGGGGGGGAGGCAGGUACGCUACAUUUUUAUUCACGUACCAGGCAACUCUCUACUUAACUAUAUACCGAUAUACGCGUAAUAGGAUACUCUCAUGUAGAAAAACGCACCAAGCCUAAAAUAAAAUUUAAAAAUACACGCUGCGCACUAUGGACGGUGGCAACCAGUAAUAAUACACGCAUAUAAGCCCCGCCUCAUUUUCCCCAAAUCCAUCCUCACGUCACUAGCGCACGAUGAUGUCACACUUAGUAGCAGAAGUAGUACACACGCAAACAGGAAGCUUUAUCCGUUAUCAUUCUUUUGCUAGGGCAUACGGGCCGUCGGUAGUAGCGCACUUACAUUAUUGGGUUUAGAAACGAUUGUUGAUGCGGUUAACGGGAAAGUUGAACCAUGUUUGGCCCCUCUUAUACACGCAACAUGCAAUUUAAAACCCCCCCAAGCUAUACUAAUGAAUGUGAUGUAAAUUAAGUCCUUAGUAUACCGUAACACAAGCAGGCACAUAAAUACAACAGUCAACUAAAAGUACCAUGUACGUCUGGACAAUUAUAAUUGGCCGUACAGUACAGUGGACGAAGCACAUUUAUGUAUAUGUGUGCGUGUAUUUAGUUCGCUGUAACACUUGAAUUGAAGCAGUGGAGUGAACAGAUCCUUUUAUCACGUUUUCACAUAAACACAACAUCUGGCUUCGGUCUUUGUUUAUCGCGCCAGUUUUAGCAGCAUGAAGAUGGCGGAUGCGCGUCUGGACGCAACGCUGCGUUGUUUUAGCUUUACACACACACAGACAACACACACACAUUGAUAAAUUGUUCCGAUAGGUUUAAGCAAACCGUAAAUUAUCAUUCCGUUAGCCCAUACAGCUGAUUCGUUUCGAUCAAUUUACCGGACAGUGCGCAGACAGAGAUUAUCGCUCUUAGUGAAGCAUCAGUAGCAGCAAGUCUAUCAAACCCUUCACAUUUGCCUUAUCGAGAGAACAUGAACGCGACAAAAUGGAGCCAUUUAGUAGCGAAGUGGGUGCCUCUUAGUUAACGCACGAUGUGUGCAAGUUGCGUGUUGCCCCAUUCCUGAUCGGAAAGCGGCCGUGGCCCCUCUUGCAGUGUCUAUCUAUAACACGAAUUGUUACACAAACUUUGUUGAACGAAUGAUGAUUUUAGAAAAGUGGUUUUGUUUAUUCGUUUUCCAUUGUGCAUUGCAUUGCAGCCCUAUUAAACACAACAAAAACUGUAUGUGAUAAACUAAUGGUUAGAGCAUAAUGUUGAUGAUGAUUUACCGAAAAAGGAUAAUGGAUGCAGCCCUGGCGCGAUGUAAAAUGUAGUUUGUAAACACACACAUACACACGUUGGUAGUCUACGAGGGUUAGAAGGAAGGUAGCGUCGGCACAAAGCAGAAAUAAAACACUAAAACAUCCCCACUACCACCGUGCUUGCACCGUGUGCCACGUGCAAUGUUUUAAUGUAUUGUCCCCCGUCAAUGAUGUUUAUAGCGAGAACUGGAUUUGUGUGGAUAUGUGUGUGUGUGUUGAGGAGGAUCGUGUUUAGUACCCAUGCUGGAACGAUUGCCUAGCCUUUCGGAAUAAUGCAUAGUAAAUGGCGGCAGUAGAGGGCGCUGUUGUAGCGGGUUGACGUAGAUGUACUGUAACACAGCGUAAUGCAACCCUUCCCCAUUAGUAGGAUGUGGUGACAGCAGCAAGAACAUUUUAAAUGUGGCAACCUAAAACCUAAAAAACUACACAACACUAAAACGAAAUAACAUACAGCGAUGUGUUACGAUGUGUUAUGAUUGUGUGGUAGUAAUUGUUAGUAGUGCGAACCUCGAAAAGGGAAACCCCCAUUCUCAUAUGCUUCAAACAUUCGCCCAUGCCCAUACACGUACGCACCGCAUCAAAUCAUACGCAUCAAUGUACUAACACCGUUCACUUUCGAGAGAACUAUACUGUAGAACUGUGCAAUCAUCAAUCACAAUCAGAGAAAAACUCAACCAUAACAAAACUAGACAAAGCUGAAAUAAAGAACACGAACCAAAGGAUAUAUCUAAGAGAUUAUGUUACUGUUAAUGCAUCUGUUUCACUGUUACAUAUAAGUUUGCCGUAUUAAGCAUCCCAAAUUGAAUACUGAAUUUAAAGCAAUUUGUCUGCUAAUUCUGAGCUGAUUAAUUAAUUCUUCCACCGGUGGCGAGCAUUAAAAUAUGUUUCAAAAAGAGUUAUAAUAACAUUACAACAACUUGACAACUUUAUCGCAAAUGCGUGCAACCAGCAAAUGAUGAUAUAUUUUGUGCAUAUUGCGAAAAGAUUCCCCAUUAUUUUAGACAUAUGUACAUUUUGUGAUGCAAGUUAUCUAAAGAAGUAACACAAAUACCAGUGGAUGCAGCAUGGUUUUGUGUGGCUAGUUUCAGAAAGUAAGUGUUCCGUUGAUACAAAGAAACAGCUCACCAUAAAUCUUACAAGUGUUCCACACCCAGACGAACCACAGGAUAGCCAAGAAACAGAAAGGUAUAAAUCAAUCUGUAUAAGUAUUGAAUUCUAGCGCAAUAUUUUAACGACAAUUCAGCUCAUAGUAUGAAUAAUUUUCAAAAAAAAAAAUAGGCAAAUUAAAGAACAAACACUCUCCCACACGUGCACGUCAUAAGCGUAGGGUGCGAUAUAAAAUGCGCAAGGUGUGUAACUAAAGGAACAUAGUUAUGAAAUUCCACAUCUUCAUGUAAUAACAUACCCACACACAGUCAAACACACACUCUCUAUCAGUAUCAUCAUCACCCAGGCAGAGAUCAUAUCACGAUCGUGACAGAAAUAAAAUUCUUUUUCCACGCCUUUUCA